AGGGGGAGGGACGGGAUGACCUUGGCCCGGAAUGAGAACCGGCGGGGCCGCCCCGCGCGUUUCCCCGCACCAAGAGGGGCCGGAAGGCGGGCCCGCGGAGACCGGGUCCGCGAGCCUAAUGGAUCGCUCCAUCAGGCGAUGGUCGCCCCCAUGAACAGCGUGGUCCCGGAGGCCUGCCUGGCCGGGGCGGGCCGGGGGCUCCCCGACCCCACCGCCCCAGGGGAGGAACCGGAGGAGGAGGAGGAAGAAGAAGAGGAGGAAGAGGAGGAGGAGGAGGAGGAGGAGGACAGGGUGCUCCAGCAGGUCCCCCUCAAGAGGACCGGCGCCCUCCGGUCCCGGGACACCUUUCGUCGCCACAGCUGGGGCCCGGGCCGGGACCCCACCUUUGGAUCCGGCCCGGAGCUCCGGGACCCCCAAAACAUGGCUCUGCUGGCCAGUCAAGAGGAGCUGCAGACACUGGCGGCCCCCUACGUGGAGCGGGGCUCCUGCCCCCGCCCCCACCCCCACCCCGGGGGGCUCCUGUGUAAAUCCGUCUCCAUGACCUGCAUCAACGAGGAUGGCGCCGGCUCCCAAGGCAUCUCUCUUCGCUCCCCCGGCCUGGGCCUCACUAACGGGUUCUGGGGCGGCAGCUGCGGACGGCUGGACGUGGGCCUGGCCGGGUGGCGGUCAGUCGGCGCCAGCGGCCUAGUCAGGACGGUCAGCCUCAUUCUGAAGAGGAAAGGGCAGGCUAAGAGUCGAGAGAAGGAGAGGGCGAAGGAGAUGAAGGACGCCCGCUACACCAACGGGCACCUGUUCACCACCAUCUCCGUGUCGGGGCUGACCAUGUGCUACGCCUGCACUAAGAGCAUCACCGCCAAGGAGGCCCUCAUCUGCCCCACCUGCAAUGUAACGAUUCACAAUCGCUGUAAGGAUGCGCUAGCCAACUGCACCAAGGUCAAACAGAAGCAGCAGAAGGCGGCCCUCCUCAAAAACAGCAGCGCCCUGCAGUCCGUGGCCCUGCGCAGCAAGGGCUGCACCCGAGAGCGUCCCAGCUCGGCCAUCUACCCGUCCGACAGCUUCCGCCAGUCCCUGCUGGGCUCGCGGCGCGGACGCUCCACGCUCUCCCUGUCCAAGAGCGUGUCCACCACCAACAUCGCCGGGCACCUCCACGACGAAUCACCCUUGGGGCUGCGCCGCAUCCUGUCCCAGUCCACCGAUUCGCUCAACGUGCGCAACCGCACCUUGUCGGUGGAGUCCCUCAUCGACGAAGGCCCGGAGGUGCUGUGCAACGAGCUGAUGGGCGAAUUCGAGGCCGACGAGAAGGACUUCGAAUCCGACUCGUGGAGCCUGGCCGUGGAGGGCUGCUUCCUGCAGCAGCAGAAGAAGGAGGUCAUGAAGCGGCAGGACGUCAUCUACGAGCUGAUCCAGACGGAGCUGCACCACGUGCGGACGCUGCGGAUCAUGGCGCGGCUGUUCCGGAAGGGGCUGCUGGAGGAGGUGCAGCUGGAGCCGGCCGUGGUCCAGGGCCUCUUCCCCUGCGUGGACGAGCUCGGCGACAUCCACACCCGCUUCCUCGCCCGCCUGCUGGAGCGCCGGCGCCAGGCCCUCAGCCCGGGCAGCAACUGCAACUUCGUCAUCAGUCGCCUGGGGGACCUGCUCGUCGGCCAGUUCUCCGGCUCCAACGCGGAGCAGAUGCGGAAGGUGUACGCCGAGUUCUGCAGCCGCCACACCAAGGCGCUGAAGCUGUAUAAGGAGCUGUUCGCCCGGGAUAAACGCUUCCAGAAUUUCAUCCGGAAGGUGUCCCGCUCCGCGGUGCUGCGGCGACACGGGGUGCAGGAGUGCAUCUUGCUGGUGACCCAGCGCAUCACCAAGUACCCGGUGCUCAUCAGCCGCAUCCUGCAGCAUUCCCACGGCCACGAGGAGGAGAAGCAGGAGGUGUCGGUGGCCCUGGGGCUGGUGAAGGAGCUGCUGUCGGCGGUGGACCAGGAGGUGCACGACCUGGAGAAGGCCGGCCGGCUGCAGGACCUCUACGGCCGCGUGGACCCCCGCGCCCAGGCCCCCGUCCCCGGCAAGGGGCCCUUCGGCCGCGACGAGCUGCUCCGCCGACGCCUCCUACACGACGGCUCCCUGCUCUGGAGGACCGGCACCGGCCGCUUCAAAGAUGUGCUGAUGCUCCUGAUGACGGACGUGGUGGUGUUCCUCCAGGAGAAGGACCAGAAAUACAUCUUCCCCUCCUUGGACAAGCCGGCGGUGGUGUCGCUGCAGAACCUGAUCGUGCGUGACGUGGCCAACCAGGAGAAGGGGCUCUUCCUGAUCAGCGCCUCGCCCCCCGAGAUGUACGAGGUGCACGCCGCCUCCCGCGAGGACCGCAACGCCUGGAUCCGCGCCAUCCAGCACAGCGUGCGCCUGUGCCCCUCGCGGGAAGACUUCCCCCUCAUCGAAACGGAGAACGAGGCCUAUCUGCGGCGCAUCAAAGCCGAGCUGUCGCAGAAGGACGAGACGCUGCAGGAGCUGCUGCAGGAGAAGGUCCGGCUGUUCGCCGCCAUGGUCCAGGUCCAGGCCGAGGAGGAAGGCGGCGGGGGCGGCGGCGGGGGCGGCGGCGGGGGCGGCGGCGGGGGGGGCGGGCCCCUGGCCGCCCUGCCCCGCUGCGGCCUCUUCCGCUCCGAGUCGUGCGAGCCCCCGCGCGGGGAGCGGCUCCUGCAGGACGCCAUCCACGAAGUGGAGAUGCUGAAGGACCUGCUGGUGGGGCCCGGCCUGGAGCUGCCCCUCCCGCAGCGGCCGCCCGGUGCCCCCUCCGAGUCCGACGGCAGCAGCGGCGGCACCAGCCCCGGAGACACCGCCAACGGCGACUCCCGCGUCUUCAACGGCUCCUUCGAGCUGUGCCGCUCUGACUCGGACGCGGGCCACAAGGACCGCAACGGGAACCAGCUGAGGUCUCCGCAGGAGGAGGUCAUCCAGCGGCUGGUCAACUUGUACGGCCUCCUCCACGGUCUGCAGGCCGCCGUGGCCCAGCAGGACACGCUGCUGGAGGCCCGGGGACUCGUCGAGGGCCCGGAGCGGCCGGACAGGCUGACGCUGGGCCGGGCCAACUCCCGGGAAGGGGAUCUGGGCCGGUCCGGCGACGCGGGCCGGGCCGGGGGCGGGGACAAGCAGGCGACGGAGCUGGCCCUGCUCCAGCGCCAGCACGGGCUGCUGCAGGAGGAGCUGCGGCGCUGCCGACGGCAGGGCGAGGAGCGGGCGGCCGAGGCCGGGGGCCUGGAGGCCCGCCUGCGGGAGAGCGAGCAGGCCCGGGCCCGGCUGGAGCGCGAGGCGGACCAGGCCCGCCGCAUGCUGGCCGCCCUGGGCCCCGCCGAGCCCCCGUCCCCCGGCUCCCCGCCCCCGGCCGAGGCCCCCUGGGUCCGCCGGACCCUCGACCCCCGGAGGCGCAGCCUGCCCGCCGGAAACGCCCUCUACCUGAGCUUCACCCCCCCGCAGGUCCACUCUCCCCCGCACCUGGACCUGCCCCUCUCCAGCCCCGGGCCCUUCGAGGAGCAGGAGGGGCCGGACCCGGGGAGCCCGGAGGAGCGGCUGCCGGACGGCAGCGACCUGGACACCGGCAGUGAAGAGGAGACCGGGGGCCACCCGUCCCCGCCCCACAGCCCCCGAGACUUUGCCCGCAUGCAGGACAUCCCCGAGGAGAGCGAGAGCCGCGAGGGGCCGGAGAGCUAAGGGCCUCUCUCGGUCCCCGGUCCCCCCGCCCCCCCCCCCCCCACCUCCGACUCGGACUCUUCCAUCGCAGGCAGGAGGGCAGAAAACGGGACCCUUUGGCCCACCCCUUCCGCCGCCCCCGGAUCGGACCCUUCCCGCCGAAGGACUGGUCGAGGGCGGGAAACGGGACCCUUUUCCCAUCGUUCCCCUCCCCACUUCUGCCCCCGUGAAGAUUAAUUUAUUUAUUGUUUUUUGGGGGAGGGUCCAACAGUCGGGGGUGGGGGAGCAAAUUACGGGGACCAGGCACCCGAGACGGCAAGCCAUAGGGGGCCCAACACGCAGACGCCUGCGCUACCCCCGACCCGUCGGGGGGAGAGACGGGGAAGGGGACGCCCCGACCCCCCGACCUUUCUCCCCCCGGCAGUGGGGAUCGGUUGUGUUUGGACCAAAGUUGGACCCCGGGGGGGCAGAGGGGCAGAGGUCCAAGAGGCGCACCCCCCCCCCCCCCCCC